CAUCAGCCUGGGCUCCAGACCUGCCCCAAAUCUGUCGCCUGGAGCUCUUCCCAUCUCCAGCAAUGGAUGGUCGGGCAGAAAUGCUCCAGCUUCCUGAUCAAGAGGAACAAGCAGGGGCGCCUGGGCGGCUCAGUCCGUGAAGCCUCCGACUUGGGCUCAGGUCAUGAUCUCACGAUUGGUGCGUUCGAGCUCCACGUCGGGCUCUGCGCUGACAGCUCGGAGCCUGGAGCCUGCUUCCGAUUCUGUGUAUGUGUGUGUGCGUGUGUCUUUCUCUCUCUCUGCCCCUCCCCCACUUGUGCGCUCUCUCUGUCUCUCUCUCUCAAAAAUAAACUUAAAAACAAAGUGUAAUAAAAAAAAGAGAGAAAGAGAGAGAAACAAGCAGACGUUCAGCACCGACCCCAAUAACCCGAAGGCUCGCAAGUCCUCUAACGACAACGGGUUGAUUCACCUCUACACUGUGGGCGUGAAGUCUGGGGCUGAUGGCAAACGCGUAGUGGUGGUCAUGAAGCGGAGAUCCCUCCAGGGAAAACCCACCACCCCCUACCUGUGGACCACCAUGAACAAGAACGCCCCGGCCACCCUCGGAAGCAUCAGGCACAGGAUCCACACGAACAAGGACCACCCAGAUCCGUACGUGGCCGCCAUUCGCACAGCCAGCGCCAUCCCUCGCCGCCAGAAGCCUGUGACGGUGAAGAGGAAGAGGCCCGCCCCACCAAGAGCUCCUGAGCACCUGCCCCCCACCUCCAAAGCAAUAGAGAUGUCAACCACUUCAAAAAAAACAAACAAAAACAAAAACAAAAAACUGUGACCCGGAGCCACUCCCGGCCAACCUGCAGCCUGAAAUAGCCAAGCCCAGCCAAGAUCAAUCAGAUCCCCACAGCCCUGCCGGACCCCGAGCAAGAAAAAUAAAUUCCCAUUAUUGUAAGCCACUGAGUUUUGGAGUGUUUGUUCCGCAGCCUUAUUGUGGCAAGAGCCGACUAUUACAAUGACCAAUAUGCAACGUGCAGAUUGACCCUGGGCCUUGUUUGGGCUGUAUGUCACCGCUCGGCAUCCAGUGUGACAGGUGAGGAAUGCUAAGGCAGGAGUGGCAGUCCUAUGACUUGGACAGCA